AAACUACGGAUGAGACAACCGGAAGUGUAUAGUUCAGCCUCCAGACAGAAACCCUGUGCUUUAUGGACAUACCACCUGAAAACUAGCCAUUCAAACGUUUCUCUCUCUAGUUGAUUUGAGUUUCUAACAAAAGCAAAAAUGUCCGAGAGAAAAGUAUUAAAUAAAUACUACCCUCCGGAUUUUGAUCCAUCUAAAAUCCCCAAGCUUAAACUUCCAAAAGAUCGUCAGUAUGUGGUCAGAUUGAUGGCACCAUUCAAUAUGAGGUGUAAAACAUGUGGCGAGUACAUCUACAAGGGGAAGAAGUUCAAUGCACGCAAAGAGACCGUUCAGAACGAGCUGUAUAUGGGAUUGCCCAUUUUCCGCUUCUACAUCAAAUGUACUCGGUGUCUUGCUGAGAUUACUUUUAAGACCGACCCAGAGAACACAGACUAUGCCAUGGAGCACGGCGCAACACGAAACUUUCAGGCAGAGAAACUGAUUGAGGAGGAGGAGAAGAGAAUCCAGCAGGAGAGGGAGGAAGAGGAACUGAACAACCCCAUGAAGGUGUUGGAGAACCGCACAAAGGAUUCCAAGAUGGAGAUGGAGGUGCUGGAGAACCUUCAGGAGCUGAAGGAGCUGAACCAGAGGCAGGCUCAGGUGGACUUCGAGGGAAUGAUUGACCGAUAUAGAGAGCUGGAGAGGAUGGAGAAGGAGAGGGAGAAAGAAGAAGACGAACGAGAGACAAAAGAGAUGUUGGAGCGUGCCCUCGUGAAAAGACUCAGAGACUCGGACUCUGACUCAGACAAGGAAGAGGAGGGCGAAAGCUUGCAGUCAAAUAAAUCCAGCACAGACAAACCAACAGACAUCCUCACCAUUGAUAAGCCCGCACAGGCACCGGGAACCUCAGCAGGAGGAGUGAAGAGGGCCAAGGUGGAGACCUGGGAGAAAAGUGUGGGGACGCUGGGCGGUGGAGGAGCACUCGGGUCCCUGGUCGUGCGAAAGAAACCCAGACCAACUUUCGCCAAACCCCACCCAGUGGGGCCUGCUGCUCCCAAAUUACAAACAGACUCAAAGAAAUCUGUGGCUGUUUCCAACAACGCCUCAAAGCCUGUCACCACACAAAAUGGCUCGUCAUCUCUCAGCCUGUUGGGGGCGUAUUCAGACAGUGACAGCAAUGACAGUGAAUGAAAAGAAGAUGCUCAGGAUGAUUUUGAGUCAUUGACACAGAAUUGUAUAAAUGAUGACAUUCAACAUCAUGUGUAGACAGUAUGUGGGUCUUUCUAUAAAGACUGAUAAUUAGUCAAUGCGUCUGUGGGCUGUUAUUCAAAGGAAUUGUAUUGUCUGCAAUUGAAAAACCAGUGAGACAGAAUAAUUCCUCAUCUGAUCCGCUGGUUCAUAGACAUGUUGUUAAUGUUUGAAUUUCUUUUGAGGCCGUGACAAAAUGUCAGAUGAUUAUUUUAAUGUUUAUUAAAAUCUCUUUAACUUUAA